AUGCCUCUGCUCGCUUCUUGGUUCCGGCUGGGCAGCCCUACCAGCAAGAUGGACCCCUGUCCCUGCCCUUCUCACGACUCCAUCGCCAUCGUCGAGAAGGCCGAGGUGCUGCAGGACCAGCUCGUCGACGCUAGGUCCGAAAAGGUCCACUGGCUCGUCCAGACCGUCGUCCAGACCCACGCCGAGCUGCUCAAGCUGCCAAACCUGCGGCCGGGCAAGGCCAUCAAUCAGCUCCUGGGGAACCUUGUGUCUGUCUGCUCCGAGAUCCACGACCGGGACAUCAUCGAAAAGGUCCUCUCCCACCCCUCAAUCAACGCCCUCCUCCCCUCCCUCCGCCAAAUAUGCGCCUCGGCCGAGUCGUGCCUUGAGCUGCACUGGGCCGAGCACAUACUGGCCGGCCAGACUCAGGACGAAGUGCUGGCUCGCCUCCAGAGCUUCCCCUACUACGACAACUAUGAGGACCUUACCCGCCUGGAACUGUGCGCCAUCCUGUCUGUAAACAAGACGGCGCCCCGGCGCGUCGCCUUCAUCGGCUCCGGCCCGCUGCCGCUCACCUCGCUCUGUCUGCUGCAGGCGCUCAAGGAGAAACGUGGUGGUGGUGGGCUUGUUCAGCGUAUGUCGGCCGCAUCUGGUUCUGUUUCCGGUUCUGGGAAUGGUGAUGGAAUGGAGGACGAUGAGGAGCAGCACUCGGUGGUGGUGCUGAACGUGGACUACGACGAAGCGGCGAUCGCGGCGUCGCUGAGCCUCUGCCUUGCGUUGGGCGAGGCGGGGCGCGGUAUGGAGUUCAUCUGUUCCGAGGCCACGUCCGCGGACAAGGACCUGGCCGAGUUCGACGUCGUGUACCUGGCGGCGCUGGUGGGCAUGUCGCAGGGCGACAAGGAGGGCAUCAUCCUGCAGGUCGUCGAUCGCAUGCGGCCGGGCGCCCUGCUGGUGGUGCGGAGCAGCUGGGGGCUGCGGACUUGCUUGUAUCCCGAGGUGGAUCUCGCGACCGAGACGCUGCUGAAGCGGCUGGAGCCGUGCGUGGUGGUGCACCCUUAUGGGCAGGUCGUCAACUCGGUGAUUGUUGCGAGGGUCAAGGCAUAG